AGAAGAGAGCACUGCGGAGUAAUUCGCUACUUCUGUUUUCUUCGUUGCUCUGAAGAGAUUCACUUUUACUUCGCAGACAGGGUUGUUUUCUGGUGUUCAGGUGGGAAAUAACGAAAGAGUGGAUGCAAAGAAUGUAAAGCAAUAUUUGAUAAGAUGGCAUCUCUUAACCAUUCCACCUCCAUUCUGCCUUCCUGCACCUACGAGGAGGACUUCAAGCGCUUCCUCCUCCCCUCCGUCUACAGCCUGGUCUUCAUCUUUGGACUGCCGCUCAACUUCAUCAUCAUCCUGCGGAUCUGGGGCUCCUGGCACACUCUAACGCGGACCAAAAUCUACAUGCUGAAUCUAGCGGUGGCAGACUUCCUGUACGUCUGUUCACUUCCGCUUCUCAUAUACAACUACGCCAGCAAAGACUACUGGCCUUUCGGUGACUUCACCUGCCGCUUGGUUCGCUUCCAGUUCUACAGCAACCUGCACGGAAGCAUCUUCUUCCUCACGUGCAUCAGCUUCCAGCGCUACAUGGGCAUCUGCCAUCCGCUGACGGUGUGGCCCAGACAAGGUGGACGCAGGCUGGCGUGGUUGGUCUGCGCUGGCGUCUGGGUGGCUGUCGCGGUUCUCUGCGCUCCAACGUUCGAGUUCGCCGCCACCGGCAUCCAGCGCAACCGCACGGUGUGCUACGACCUCAGCGUUCCAGAGCGCUCCACAGCGUACUUCCCAUACGGCAUCGCUUUGACCUGUCUGGGCUUCGUCGUGCCCUUUCUAGUGAUCCUGGUGCUAUACUGCAAAAUGGCAAGGGUUCUCUGGCAGGUCGGCGAAGCUCAAGAAGCCGUGGCCGUAGAGAGGAAGAAUAAAGCCGUGAGGAUGAUCAUUAUUGUGAUGCUGGUGUUCGCCAUCAGCUUCUUGCCGUUCCACAUGACAAAGACGCUCUACUUGCUGGUGAGGACCUUUCCCACGGCCCCCUGCGAACUGAGGAACCUGCUGUCUGUGGUCUACAAAUGCACCAGACCCUUCGCCAGCAUGAACAGCGUUCUGGACCCCAUUCUGUUCUACUUCACCCAGCCGCAGUACAGACGCAGCACCAGGAGUCUGCUGCUCAAGAUCACCUCGCUCAGAGACAAAGUUGACAAAAUCUGACUGGAACACACCUGAUUGGGUCAGAAAUAACUGUGUUAAAGCAAGACACUACAAUCAAAGCCAUCGUUUUUUUUUCCUCCACUAUACAUAUUUGAGUUUUUUAAGGCUAAGGUUUACAAAUUAGUAUCUUUUGACAGGUGUAGUGGAAAAUUACAUUCAAAACACACAUCACUAAAAGAAAACAGACAUGCCCCUAAUCAAAAUAAUCACACCCCUGUUUUGAUAGCUCCGCCCCCAAUUCUUUAACAUGCUUUGCAACUCAGGGCACUUCCCCCCAUCAUUAGUGGACACGCCCCUUGCUGCUGAUUGGCUACAAGUGUGUUCUGGAGAUCUAUCCAAUCCGCUUUCAACAGCCUUUCUCAGAAAUCGAUUACUGCAUCUUCUUUAUUAAGUGUUUAUUUAGACACUAUUUCAGUUACAGUACAUAUCUAUAAAAGC